AUGGGCCAGUUACUCUGCUACACCUGCGUGGAGCAAUCGGAUGUGGCGUUAUUGGAGACCUGCGGCAAGUACGUUGGAACGGCAGGGCCCGGUUGCCACUGCAUACUCCCAUGGACUUCUAAAGCCGGGACGCUUUCCAUGCGACUGUACGAGCAUCACAUCCACAUUCGGUCCAAGACGAAAGACAACGUGUUUGUCAAUAUCCGGUUGACGGUGCAUGUGCAGGUGAUUCCUGGCCGGGAGAACUUGGCCUUUUACUCCGUUGAGGCUCCGCUAAAGGUUAUUCAGAGCUAUGUGGAGAACUGCGUGGAGACGAAAAUCCCGCUCUACAACCUCGAUGCGCUCUUUAUCGAGCGUGGCACCAUUUCCCAGCAACUGAAGAGCGAGACCGACGCCGUCAUUGAGGGCUACGGCUGGGACAUUGUCUCCGCGCUCAUCACAGAGAUUGACCCUGGUGCCGCCAUGACGGACGCGAUCAACAGCAUUCAGAAAAACCAGCGGCUACGCGUGGCCGUUGUGGAUGAGGCGGAGACAAAGAAAAUGCGGCGCAUCCGUGCGGCAGAGGCGGCCUGCGAAUCGCGGCGGCUGGCGGGGCGGGGGCUGGCGGAGCAGCGGAAGGCCAUCGUGGCGGGUCUGCGGAAAUCCGUCACGGAGAUGCGGCAAGACGUGCCCGGGCUGAGCAACGAGGAGGUGCUCAAUCUGCUCAUGAUCAACCAAUACUACGACACCAUGAAGAAUGUAACGGAGAACAGCAGCGGCAGCCUCCUCUUCAUGGAGGGAGCGACUGGACUGCAGUCGUACUCAAGGGACCUUAGAAACGGCGUGGCACAGGUUAUGCGCUAA